AUGGCUUCUUGUGUCAAUACUUUGGCCACUAAGGUUGCUGCCGGGCAGCUUUGCAAGGCCUUUGGCAUCAAGUUUAAUACGAAUCCCCAAGUCGUUCAGUUAGCAAAAAAUGCCGGGUUCGAUUCACUUUUCAUCGAUUUGGAGCACUCCACGCUGUCCAUUGACGAUGUAAGUCAGUUGUCUGUUGCUGGGCUGCUCGCAGGCAUCACCCCUUUUGUCCGAGUCCCACACCAGUGUGGCAAUGGCUUCGUCCAGAGAGUCCUGGAUGGCGGUGCAAUGGGCGUGAUAUUCCCACAUAUACAUUCAUCUCAGGACGCGAAAGCUGCCGUUUCCAUUUCGAAGUACCCACCGGCGGGUUGCCGAUCGAUGACCGGCCAGCUGCCGGUAUUUUCGCUCAGACCGAUACCGCAAGACCGAGUCAUUGAGGAAAGCAACAGAUCCGCUUCGUCAGUCAUCGUGAUGAUAGAGACCAAAGAUGCCGUUGAGAAUGUCGACGAGAUUGCGGCAGUCGAGGGCGUCGACGUGCUCCUGGUCGGAUCGAACGACCUGUCUAUCGAAUUGGGUGUACCAGGCGGCUUCCAGACGCCUGCUUUUCGCUCUGCUUUGGAAUCGGUCAGUAAGGCUUGUAGGCGACAUGGUAAGACAAUGGGAUUGGCUGGGUUAUAUGACAAUUACGAAAUCCAGAAUUGGGCCAUCAACACGCUACACGUCAGAUACAUGCUUUGCGCAAUAGACUCGAGCCUCAUUGCCAGCGGCGCUACGAGAUGUAUUGCUGCACUGCCCAACGUCGAAAGGGAGAGGUAG